UUAAUUGUUAUUGAUGUGUCGUUGGGGCCUCUAUCGGGACUGAAAAAUGGUAAAAGAAACAUCGAUUGAAGAUAUUCAUUCAUUUGUAACUCGUUCAUUGAUAAAAAUGUGUAAAAUGAAAUGUGUGUGGGUCAUAUUAGCGUGCUCUAUUAUUAUGACUACAGGGUUAAACGAGAAACAAAUGGAAGCCGCUAAAAAGGUUGUUACAAAUGUAUGUACCCAAAAAACAAAAGCAACUUUAGAGGAAAUCGACAAAAUGCAUCAUGGCGAUUGGGAGAUAGAUCAUUCUGCCAUGUGCUACAUGUGGUGUGCUUUUAAUAUGUACAAAUUGAUGCACAAAAACAACACACUUAACUAUGCUUCAGCUACGACUCAACUGAAUCAGUUACCAGAAUCUUUUUACGAAUCUGCAAAAAUGUCUAUAGAAAAAUGCAAAGACGAAGCCAAGACCUUAAACGAUAAAUGUGUUGCAGCUUACGAGAUUGCCAAAUGUAUGUACUUUGCUAAUCCUGAUAAGUAUUUCCUUCCCUAAAGUUUACUGCAUACGUGGUCACAGUGUUUAGUAUAAAUUUAGAACAAAAAAAUAAAUAGUCUGUAACAAUUA